UGUUUCAUUAUUUAAUUAAUUAUUAUAGUUCAAAAGGUAAAGUAACGAUCAAGUUAUUUAAGUAGUGCGAAUCAAUCAACUUGAGAUCAGACGUUAGUUUAAAUCUUGUAUAAUCGCGAAAGUAUUUUAGAAAUUUUGUAUUAUCAUGAAAAUGGAGGUUAUGAAGGAAAACAGGGAAAAUAAAACGAAAACUUCGAAAGUAGAUGUUAGUUAUCCGUGUGCUGAUACGAAACGAUCAUCACAGGGAUAUCAUAUUCGCAAAACGUUGCAUAAAUACAUCAGCCUUUAUUGCGAACAAUCAGCUUUGGUGGGUUACAAGUAUUUGAUUGAACCACGUAGAACGUGGUUCGAAAGGGUCAUAUGGUUCGCUGUGCACGUGACAACUAUAUGCAUAUUAGUGUACUUCGUUACUGAUGCUUAUUCAGCGUUCGUAAGUAUGCCAAUGGUGACGUCGGUUGAGUCGGAUCAUUAUCCUACAAGUAAAAUCAUGUUUCCAGCAAUAGCAAUUUGCAGUAUCAACAGGAUAAGUCGGCAAUCAGCGGUUAAAAUGGCGAGGAAAGUUUACAGAUCGAACGUCACGAAUUUAUCUGUGGAAGAAAUUCUCGAAUUGUUCGAACAUUUGGGAGAUUCUUAUAAUUCUAUGCGAAAAUUGGAAAAAAAUCGACGUAACGAGUUGAACAAUCUUUUGCUGGAUUUUUACGAAGGGGAGUAUGACAUGGACGCCAUAAUGAAAGAAGUGAGAAUUCUUCAAGCGUGUGUGUCUGUGUGUCUAACACCACAGUGUUCGGUUAUGUUACUUACGUGUGCUUUCAACGGUAAUGAGUAUAAUUGUUCAGACAUUUUCUCAUUUGAAAAAACACAGGACGGAUAUUGCUGUACUUUUAAUUAUAUUAGAAAAGAUAAUUCGAAUGACGACGAGGAACCAGAGGAAGUGAGAACCGUGAAGGAUUUAGGAAUCGAACGUGGUCUUACAGUUGUGAUGGAACCUUUCCUGGAUGAUUACUUUUACACUUUUCUCCCUGUUAUCGGAUGGAAGGUAACAUUGUUUAAUCCUACCGAUUAUCCCGAUAACAUCAGCGGCGGUGUCACCGAGGUGUUAGUUUCACCGUUAUUGGAAUCCUACUUGGAAAUCGAGGCUGUAUCCUUCCAUAGUACAAGUCAAACCAAAUCGUAUCCUAUUCCUAAACGGAAGUGCAUAUUCCCUAACGAGAUUCAAACUCGUUAUGGUGACUACAGUUACAGCGAUUGCUUGGUCGAUUGCAGAGAACAGCAAAUAUGGAAAAUGUGCAAGUGUAUUCCGUUUUAUCUUCCUACGCGUGCAGAAGUCAAAUCGAAACAUGGAAGAAGAGCUUGCACGUUGACAGAUAUAGAAUGCUUAGAUCGUUACAAAUCCAACUGGUUAACAGUAUUUCCUCAUGAUGACGAAGCUUUGAACAAUACGGUGAAUGAAUAUAAUUCGUUACGUUGUGGAAAUUGCUAUCCUUCUUGUAUAGAUGUUUUUUACACCAUUCAAAGUUCUUUUUCAACAAUGAAACGUGGGUAUUAUGAAACGUCUUUGUUGCGCGAUAUGGAAAUAAUCGAUCAGAGUGUAAUUCACAUAUUCUUUUCUAAGUAUGGCACGGUUAGAUUAAAGCAAGACCUUUCUUACACCUGGUAUGAACUUUUGAGCGAUAUCGGUGGUAUUUGCGGGAUCUUCAUCGGGUUCAGCCUCAUCAGCGUCAUCGAGCUUAUUUAUUUUUUCGUUUUAUUACUUUUCGAGCUAUACAAAAGCUUCGACCGAAAUUCAGAUGAGAUCGAGAUCGAGAUUGAUGAACCGAAGGAGAAGGAAUCUAUGAGCUAUACGAUAUAUUGGAACGAAUUAGUGCCUAAAUCGAGAAGAAGAAAAACAAAAUUUCUUAGUCGUGGAAAUAUCGAACGGUACUAAUUAGUACCAUAUCAUCAUAAUUCAUCGUUGGUAAAUUUUCAUCGAAAAGCAUGUUCGAUCGGAAAAGCUUUAAAUUACAAAUAAAUUUUUCUUUCCUUCAACAAUAAUCUUUUAUAUUUUUUUUUCCUCACACACAAAUACACACACAGCCAAACACACGCCCACGUUCAUACUUUUUUAUAGGAUCCAUUUUUUCCUAUCUUUUUUUUUUUUUAAACGUAAUUUU